GGGUAAAAAGGGUAGCCUCCAUCCGGAAACCCGGACAACGCAGAUAGACUCAUUAAAACACACAGAAAUUCCAGUUGGAUCCGAUCACAACGCGCUCUCCAUGUCCGACUCCGUCUCUAGCUUCGAGGAGUGCCGUGAGGCGGCUGAUUGGCUGCGGUCCCACACGCCGGUGCGGCCGACAGUGGGAAUCGUAUGCGGUUCUGGUCUGGGGGGGCUGGCGAAGAUGCUCAAGGACCCUCAGGUCUUUAAGUACGCUGACAUUCCCAACUUUCCACGGAGUACAGUGCAUGGGCAUGCUGGCCAGCUGGUGUUUGGGACACUUAAAGGGAAGCCGUGUGUUUGCAUGCAGGGAAGAUUCCACCUGUACGAAGGCUACCCCAUCCAGAAGAUCACGCUGCCCAUGCGCGUCUUCAAGCUGCUGGGCGUAGAAACGGUGUUCCUGACAAACGCGGCCGGGGGCCUCAACCAGGACUACAAAGUGGGAGACGUGAUGGUCAUUAAGGACCACAUCAACAUGCCGGGCUUCGCUGGAAACAACCCGCUGGCCGGACCCAACGACGAGAGGUUCGGCGUCCGCUUCCCCUGCAUGUCUGACGCGUACGACCGCGAGCUCCGGCAGCUGGCGCUGGACGUGGCCGCAGAGCUGGGCUACUGUGAAUUCAUGCAGGAGGGGGUGUACUGCGUCCUCGGGGGGCCUUCGUUCGAAACCAUCGCCGAGUGCCGCAUGCUGCACAGCUUAGGAGCCGACGCCGUCGGGAUGAGCACGGCGCACGAGGUGAUCGUGGCGCGCCACGCCGGCAUGCGCUGCUUCGCCCUGUCGCUGAUCAGCAACCGGGCGGUGAUGGACUACGACAGCCAGGAGAAGGCCAACCACGAGGAGGUGCUGGAGACGGGGCGGCAGCGGGCGGAGCAGCUGGAGAAGCUGGUGUCCACCAUGGUGGCUCGGCUGGAGCGGAACAACAACUCCUUCUGAGGGACUCCCGCUGCUUCACCCACGCGAGAAAGGCUAUUAGCUUCUCUCUCUCUUUUUUUUUUUAAACUGUUACUUUAAAUCUAGUCUUAUGAUCCUUGAAGCUGGACGGCCUUUGUUUUUAUACACUCCUCGAUCAGCUUUGUUUACAUUUCUUGCGGUGUUCAGAUGAAUGAUAUUCUUCCUGCUGUAGUACGUUGUUACGUUUCCAGCUGUCUAAUGUUUCAGCGAAGCAUCACUGUGUUGAAAUCCCUUUAUUUAUUAACCCAGCUCUCUCACAUUCCCCAGUAACAAGUCACAACCUCACAGCACGUGUAAAGAAAAGGGCAUUCAUCACCAGUAAUGACUAUUUUGACGAAGAGGUGUAAAAAAAGUGAAAUAUUUAUACUGAAUAUAUUUAAGUAGUGUUUUUAUUUGUUUUAAUGAUAGGUGUUUAUAAGGGUAACGGGGGAAUGAAAGGGACGCUUGUUACCAAAGUAUGUAGAGUUGGAGAAAAUGUGCUCGCCAUGUUUUAUCAUCGUGACAGCUCACGGACCGGGCGGUCGUCGGCCUGUACUUUCAGAGGUACUGUACUAAAAAAAAAAAAAACAACCUUCACA